AUGCUUCCGCCCUUCGAGCCUCCGCUGCUCAAGAAACCCAACCCGAAACUCGUUCCCGCAGCAAAGCAAAUCCAGACUCCUAAAAGCCCGUCAACUUCAAUGCCCGAGCUGGACAAGGACGAUAGCAACGAUGAUAGUGGUGAGGAGGAUAAACUCAGUGUGGCGAGGGCGGCUUUGUCGUUUGAUGUGUCUUUUGAUGUGGAUGCAGAUGCCCUGGGGACAGCCAUGCGGCAGUAUGAAUUGAUAUGGUGGCCGUAUCUGUUUUGUUACGCCGGAGAAGAUACGAGAUCUGGAAUCUUGACUAUUAUACUACAAUGUACACUAAGCUUUAGUGCCACUGGCACAAAUCGUCGACGCGUCAAAAUAGUCAGCCCGCUAAUGUGGUUCACUGAUACUAAUACUAAAUUGGUCCGACACCAGCUUGUCCUCUACCCUACAUGCACGUUCGGUAAAGCAGAUACUAGAUACUGCGACGCCGAGGCGGGCGAGCACAAUCAAUGCGCUCACAUCUCGGAUCCGGGCCAGGCAUGUGCAUGA